AUGUCUGCCAGACUGGCGACCUGCUUCGGUGUCGCGGACCAGGAGAUGCCGUCGACGGCCGUCGGGCCGAGUUUUAGGACCUCGAUUUACGAGACUCGCCUCGGCCCGGCCGCCCUCACAUGGUCACGCGCCGCCUUUGGUCUCGCCCUUCGGGUCGAAUUUCGACUCUCCGACGCCGAGGAGGAGGAGCCCCUCGAGUUUUCGUUCCGCCCGUCGUUCUUGUGGAGGCGGAGGGGAUCGCGGCGGUUUCCCAUCGGGGACGGCCGCAGCGUUGUCUUCUCGUGGGAUAUCUCGCAGGCGGUCUUCUCGUCGGGCAGAUCGUCUCGUGCCGAGCCCGAGAGAGGUUUCUUCGUUGCUGCGGUGAUCGAUGGCGAGAUGCUCCUCGUCGCCGGCGACCUCGUUGAGGAGGCAUACAGGAAGACGCGGGCGCGGCGGCCAAAAGCCCCCUUUUUGCAUCCGCUUCUGGCCGCGCGCCAGGAGCAUGCGGUGUUGGAUAGCCCCAGCGGCCGGGGAACUUACUGCACAGUGGCGCGGUGUGGUGGGCGGGAUCGGGAGAUCUCGAUCGAUUUGGGGCCCAAGGAAGGCGGAGAGGAGGCUGGGAUGUCGGUGGCCGUCGAUGGCAAGCGGGUUUUCCACGUGCGUUGCCUCCGGUGGAAGUUCCGAGGGAGUGAGAGGCUGGAGAUCGCCGGCGGCGUACGGAUGCAACUUUCCUGGGACCUCCACGAUUGGCUAUUCCAGGGCGAGGCCUCUGCUGGCCGCAACGCGGCAGCGAGGGUCCGUGCAGUGUUCUUGUUCCAAUUCGAGGAGGAGGGCGACCACGAAUUGGGGAACCGGCUGGCCAAAGAUCUCGUCUUUGACGAGGAUUCAGUUAACGCCAUCCACAAAAUCGCAGCCUUUGAGGAGGAUUCGAGCAAAACCAAGAACUGGAACGGGAUCAACAGUAACAAUGGCUUUGGCGGAGCGGAGAGAGCCAUAGUGCAGCCAGGGCGGCGUAAGCGUCAGCUUCGUAGGCGUCUGAUGGAGACGAACUCUUGCUCUUCGUCGGCCUCUUCGGCAUCCACGGCGAGCAGUUCGACAGUGAUGGGGUGGUCGAGUCACGAGGAGCUGGAAUUGCAUAGGCCUGAGGGGUUCUCGCUGCUGGUGUACAUCAUGAAGAACUGCUAG